AUGUGCCCAGGUAUUUUUGAAGAAGAAAAAGUUCGUUUUUUAUUAUUAUAUCAUGGUCUUAGCUAUAAAUUUGAUGAUCAUCACACUGCAGUUUAUAGUUCUUCUGGUAAUUUCUAUUCAGUUUGCCAAGGUUAUGGUAAUGUUUCAAAAGGUCACACAUUUUGCCAAAUAUGUCGUGAGUUAAGUAUUAAAACUAACAAACAAUACAGUAACUUUAAAAAAUCAAUCCACACUGAUCGUAGAUUAAAGGUAAAGCCAACCGAAGCAACGGAUCCGUUGGUAUCCAAUCUUACAAGUCUUUUUGAAAAAGAUCCUCAUUUCAAAAAUACUUUCUUUUAUACCUUCUUGACCGACCAAAUAAAAACAUUACACACUGGAAAAGGUGUUUGGUCCGAAUCAUCGCUUAGUUUUCUUGCAACACUCAAACAUCAUUGCGGAUCAAAGAUAUUUGGCCUUUUAGCUGGUGCAAAACACCAUCGUUAUAGUUAUGAUGGUAUCCCUUGUCCUUCAGAAUCAUCAAUUGCACGUUUCAAUAAAGAACCUAUUUAA